AUGCGCCUCUGGCUGCUGCCGCUGCUGGCGGCAGCCUCCGGGGCGCUUGAGGAGGUGCCGGAGGUGCCGGAGGUGCCGGAGGCGCCAGAGCCGCCAGAGCCGGAGGAGCGGGCGGCGAACUACAGCCUGAGUGUUGAGAGCUGCAGGAGGUACGUGCUGGAAGUGAGCUCCCACGGUCCCGGCUUCUACCAGGAUGCCAACCUCCACCGCUACACAAGAUGCCUCUUCGUCUUGCGCGGGGCACUCAGAAAGCUGCUCCACGCGGAUCGGAUGGGCUUUGCCUCCAGCACGGGUGGCAAAGGACUCCAAGAAAACGUGGUGGGGGGGGAGUUGCUGUGA